AUGAUGCCGUUGCUCGAUAAACUGCUGCCGAGGACGAGGAAACGUUCACGCGACGGUUGUGCCGAGAGGUUGGUGCUGCGGUCCAGUGCGCGAACAUCAGCUGAGAAUGACGGGGACUACGUGCUGUGCCUCGGAGCGGAUCAAGUGCGGAUUCUGUUAUUUCGAGAAUGCGAAUGGCGCGGCCGGAAGUUGCUGUUCGAUUCGAUGACAUUGCAGAAACAGCGAAGUAAGAGCGAAAUCGUUGAGCGGGCGGCGGCGAGCAACAAUGCGGAGGGAAAGUGCGAGGCGCCCUUCAACAUAGGGACUGCUCGCGACCUCGAGCCCGAGAAGACGGCCGAGGAUGACGUGAACCUACUGAGCGAGAUGGUAUUCGGUACCGUGGCUAUGAUGUACAGAGGAUCGUCCUUCAAGGUUCACUCGAUGAAUUCCCCUCCGUGCAUCAUGUGCGCGAAGAUCUUCUCGGCGACGGAGCACGGCACGUGCAAACCGAGCGAGAGGGUAUCGGACGAAGGAUUGGGCCGCUCUGUGCGCGUGGAUUCCGCCUCCAGCAACGCCAGCACGCGAUCCUUUCUGUCCCAGCCAAGCUCCGGCAACUUGUCUGGCAACGACCUGCACGCAACACCGCGGAAGAAUUCGACGUGCUCGAGUCUCGGCAGCGGUUGGGACAUAGAUAUAGCCGCCCCAACGGGGAGUUCGCAGUCGUUGGAGAGUAACGGAUCGUCCGGCAUCGGCAGUCUGUCCAGUCUGCGAAGACGAUGGCUCAGGGCGAUCUCGACCUCCCUCGGCCGAUCAGACUCCGAUGACUCCGCUUUCGGGAUGCAGCACUGGGGCGAGAACGGUAGCGACGGGCGUGAUGGAUAUGCGAAGCGUCACAAAACCAGGUUGGGCUUAGCGAUGCUGGUGCGCCUCGCUCAAGGCCACGAGAGCAAGAUAGAGACGCAGCUUUUGGAGCACAUGGCCCUCUUAGAGGGGAUGCUGGAUCGUUUGCGCUACUUCUGCAUCGAAAUUGGCAACUUCCACGGUUUGGGCUGCAAGGGGAUGCAGCUGACCGACAGGAUAUGCAGGGCGACAUCGCGAUUCGUCGUCUCGCUGCUGCAGGCGCUCCUCAACGUCCAGAGCGACGCCGGUUCGCGCGCUCCUCUGCUCUGGCACGACGUUCUGCUGCACUCCGUGACGGUGAAGGUGAACACUGACACCUUGCGCCGCAGUUUGCACCAGAUGUGUGAGUUAUUCGACGAGCUCGACACGAAGUCGACGAAUUUCUUCCUGAGCACUGUGGUCACCGCCGUGUUAACGUACCACCUCGGCUGGGUCUACACCGUACUGUCCCCGCGCGAUCGUCAAAUGAUGGAGAAACUGGGCAGCUGGUACUCGUGCAAUCCGCUGUGGGCCCAGCUGGGUGACCUAUACGGCGCGUUAGGCAACCCCGCGAAGGUGGCGCACACCGUGAUCGCGGGCGACCCGCGGAAGGGCGAGCUGAUCAACUCCGUCCUGUCGUUUCUGUCGUACUUCAUUCGCAGCGGCGUGAUAGAGAAGCGCCGGGAGUACCGAUGCUCGUCGGAGCGUGACCUGCAAGAGGCGGUCGGCCUGUUGGAGCAGGCUCGCAGCAAGCGGCCGUACCUGUUCAGCGGCAGGAGGUCGACCUGCGCGUUCAACGAACGGGAGACCUCGGGAGGCCUCGUCAGGCGAGGCGACGGCGAGUCGCGCAAACCGCCGUCGAUACGAUCGCCCGACGGCGGAACCGACGUUAACGCGCCGCGUUACAUCGCCGUAUCGCGGUAUCCUGCGGAACGGCCAAGGAUCUCGCGCUCCGACAGCCCCUUCAAGCGCAGCGGCACCGUGAAAUCCGACCUUGACGCGCUGAUGACGAAGUCGUCGGCCGAGGCGACGGACCUCAAGCUGCCGACGAAGCGGGCGUCGCGCGAGUCGCGUGACGCAAGUAAAUACGAAUCGCUGUCGGACGAUCGAUCCGACGAGGGUCUCGCGUCCAGCAAGGUGAAGAUAAUCGUGAGCGAGAUCGGUGAGCCGCAGGAGGACACCCUGGCGAAGGAGUCCCAGCGAGACCACCCGUCGCAGUAUCCACGGACGAGCUUCGGGAAGAAGCUGGACGCCGACGCCGAGGAGAGUCUCGCGACCGGCCAUAACGUGCACCCACUGAAGAUGUACUUCAGCCGGCCCGAGUACCCGCUCAACGCGGAGGGCGAAUUCGCGGCCGACGAGGGUAAGGAGUCCUCGCCGCAGGUCUUCUUCACUCUCGGCGGCGGCGAGGACAAGUCCGCGAAGGCGUCGCGGCUCGGCGGCAGCAACUGCCAGUGCUCGUACACGUUCACAAGGGUGCCGAGCACAUCGGCGCAGCUGCCGGAAGGCGUGCUGCGUAAGAUCAUCCAGCGGAACUUCCCCGAAUCGUCCAAGAGCAUGGAACCGCCGCCGGGCGCGAGGUCCGUAGGCUUCUGCCUGAGGUGCAACGGGCAGGGUUACGCGCAGGAUUACGACGGCAGCAAGCAGGUGCUGGAGACGCCGACGAACGCGACGGAGGUGUUGCGCACGUGCGGCAGCUCCGUCGGCGACCGUAACGUCGUCCGGAUGUCGAAGUCCAGCAGCCUGGAGGCCCUGAUGGAAGCCAACAGCGUCGUAGAACUGCCGAUGCCGAGAUCAAGGAAAAUCUCGUCGAGCAAAACUGGUUCAGCCGAGGAGAUGGGUUUCACGAGGACCCUCCUGCAGAAUAGGAUAACGAAUGACGAGACAAACGUCCUGGACACGGGCUACACGUGGGGCUUGGUGCUGCAGGGCAUGAUUAAGAAGAAGAAGAGGAGAAAAAAGAAGUCGGCGGAUGAGACCGACAAAAGCGAGACCGAGCCGCGGGAGAACUGGUGGUCGUGUAUGCGCGAGGAGGUCGCGGCUAGCGCUCGCUUCCCGACGAUCGAUCAGCCAGUUGCUGAAGCGCUGUGCGUGCUAGCCGACCUGGACACAUGGCACGUCGGCAUCUUAUCGAAUAAUGCGCCUUGGCAAAACCCGCCCUUGCCGGUGGGCAUGUCGCGCCUCGUGUCGAAUAUGUUGGAAUCUUUCGCUUACGUGUGGCGAAAAUAUCACUCCCCUACUUACUGCGUGGCGAUCUUGGAGGCCAAACUGAGGGAACUGUGGUUGAGGAGCGAGGCCUUGGCAGAGAUGAUGAUGUCCGUGGAGGAGUGCGACGCCAACGUGAAUAGCCUGACCAACGCUCUCGAUCUCGACGCGGCCGACAUACCGCUGCUGCUCGCUGUAGCGACCACUCACUCACCGGAGAUAGCGCAACGAUACGGCCUUACGCUAACGUAAAUCCGUUCGAUCGUGCCUCACGCAGGUUUCCUCCCCGACGGUUGUUCCGUUGUCGAGAAAAAGAAAAUAAGUACUUCCUCCGUAGCGCGUAUCGACAGCGUGUAACCGAUACUUGCCACCCAGUAAGCAAGAAACAUCAAAUCAACCUUUUAAAACAGUGAUUUUAUGUGGAUUUUGUAGGCACUUUUGACAUAAUAUGUUUGACAUAAUAUUACAUUUUGACGUAAUUUUUUACAUAAUAUUUUAUUAUAAUUAAAAUCAUUAUGCUUUCAAACCGUUACUGUCUUGAUAAUAUUAUAUUUUUUUAAUUACGGUGUAGAAACAUUAUUUUUAAUAUUUCAGUCAAAAUAUUGUCGACAGUAACGUCGUAUACAGCAUUAAGAAUUUCAUAUUUGAAAACGUUACAUGUUAUAAAAUAUUGUUGUAAUAACGUUAUGUUGACGAUUUCUCGCUUACCGGGUAGAUACUCUCUUGAAGUGUUCGCCGAGGCUUUUGAUUCGAGCCAAAGGGAACUAAUCUGAUGUUUUCUCCACCGAGUACAUAGCGCAAUCUACAGAAUAAAUAGCGAUGUAUUCGAUCAUAAAUUAAAUCACCGCGAAGCAUGCUACAGGACACGCUAUGGUUUAGUCGCACGUUCGCAGCCACGGUGCGUCGCAGCGUUUCGAGCGUAGUGAGCUACGCGUCUCUCAUUAAGCCUAAUUAAUAUAAUAAUAAUAAUGUGUAUUCGAUUUUUUACACGACUCAUGUGAGCUUGCCGUUGUAUGUGCACUCGAUCCGAGUGAAUAAUAAAGUCUGAAUGAGCUUUUUUA